AUGGAUUUUACCUGCUUACGUAAGAAAGUUCGUAAAUCGAAUAUAAAUCAAAGUGAGAAUGCCAGGAAAGGUAUGGAGAAAUUAACUUACCAAGAAAUAAACUACGCAGGAAAAACUGGUCUAUUCACCAGGCUACUUGCACCAAGUGUGGCUAAUGAGCCUGGUUAUCCUAACAAAUACCAUGUGACAUGUCAUUUGAAACUUUUAAAUACAUUCAGAAAUCUCAAAAAUAUUAUAACUGAGUAUGCUGAUAAGCCUAAAGAUAAAGAAAAAUUAUGGCAAUGUUACAUUACUAUAGCCACUAGAAGAUUUGUGUUAUUCAUCACAGCAUUGAAGAUCAAGGUCAGGGAGUCUGAUAAGGAAAAAUUCAAUCUCAAUGUUUUCAUGAACAGUAUGUUACCACCACUAGAUGUUCUUUUGGUAUGGCACUCAUUUUUGUUAAAUCCCAAAUCCAUGGAGGAUAAUUUCAUUUACAAUGAUUUCAAGGAAUUCCUCAGCUAUCCAUUCCCUCUCGGUAGGAUAGAUGAAUCAACUUCCAAUGAUAAGUUUAUAUAUAUCCCAUCAAUUGAUUUGAGUGAUAAUUUUAGCGAUUUGAUGACAUUUGCUUUAGACAAGUUACAGUUGGAUGAAAAAUUUGAGUUCACCGCUUACAAGCAAAUAUACCCAAAUACCACGAGUAUACCAGUGUACUGUCCCUGUGGAAAAAGGUUAGCUGUUCCAUUCCUUUCGGUAGCCUUACAAUAUGGUUUUGGUGACCAUUCUUUUGGGAAAAAAACCAUUGAUAAUUGUAAAUGUGGAUUUCAUGAUUUUAUAGAUUACUCAGAAUUAAGAAAGCGAACAUUGUACUUUGAUUGUGUGGAUGACAAACCUUUACCUUCGCUCAGAAAGUAUUAUUCCAAACUUCCCAAAAAUCUGGAAAUCUCCGUGCAAGCGAUUGAUGAUUCUAUUAAAAGCAAGAUACUCAUAGAUGAGAAAGAAUUCAAAAUGGAACCAUUGAAAGGAUUUAUUACUAGUGGUUUGAAAUCAGAAGAUUUUUCCAAAAAUGAUAUUUUGAUCUUGAGGGAUUAUUUGGAUUUGAACCCAAUAUCGCUUACUAUUCCACCCGAUGAGUCAGCUUUCAAAGUUCAUGAAGACUUAGUGGCCUGUAUAUUCAGACAGGAGAAAUUUAUUGAUAAAAUGAUAGAUUUUGAUUGGAUUCACUCACCUUUCGUUGAAAUGACGAUUGUUGAAUCUUUGGAGAGGUACCAAAAAUUUUUUGUGUUAAUGAGAGGAGCUAGACACUCCAUCGUUCCUACCUUGGAUAUUGAUUUGGUCUGGCAUACCCAUCAAUUAUUUCAAUCUGAGUACUUUGCUUUCUGUAGGAACGUAGCUGGGGAAGUCAUAGAUCAUAACGAUAAAAUAGAACAAGGAAGGUUGGAUGAUGCAUUUGAAAAGACAUGUAAACUUUAUCGAAACCAAUUCAAAGAAUUGUACUCAAUCUGUCUAUGUGUUUACUGUGUUCUGAAAAGAGGGACUUUCAAGAGCAUGUUUACCAGGAAGCCCAAGACACCUUUGGUAAAACAUAAAUCCCUAAGCAUUUACCAUGUGAGUUCACAUAAUGCCUUGAAGGUGCCAACUGAACGUGCUACGAAAAAUAUGAAUAAGGUUUACGAAAAGUACAGUAAGACCCUUUCACCUUGGGAAGCACCCUUCGAAUCAUUUUCUGACAACUUUGUUAAUGAUCCGUUCGAAGCUUUUGAACCGAAUGAUAAAGAACACGCACUUUUCUAUAAAAACGGGAUGUGUGGAUCAGUGAUAGAUAAAGCUAGUGCAUGUGGUGGAAUUAAAACUAAGAGUGCCUUACGUGGACUUUCUUCCUGUGGUGCAGGGGCUUGUGUUGGUUCGGGUAUCCAAGCCAGACCGUUGGGUUGUGGAGCAUUCACCACCGGGUUAGCUAUGUCUGACAUAGGUUCUAAUUGUACUACCAAUUCCCGAUGUGGAUCAAGUUGCAGUAGUGGGGGGCAUAGCAGUUGUGGAGGUGGUUCCUCUUGUGGAGGUGGUGGUUCAUCCUGUGGUUCGUCGUGUGGUUCAUCUUGUGGAGGUGGUGGGGGUGGUGGUUGUGGAAGUAGUUAG